UCAGAGGAAUAUAGCAGGGAUGGUAUAUCAGUAGGAGUCAACCUAAGGUGUAUGACACUCCGCGUUAAAGAUACCUGCCACGUCUUCAGAACUUCGUAUACGAUCUCUGUAUAGAUAUCUCAACCACUGUUCAGGACCGCAUCACUCCACGAAAACAACCUUCGCUCUGAUGUGAGGCUCCUGUCCGACCGGCGAGUACCAGAACGAAUCUCCUGUGUCUUUAAUUAUAGAUAGAGAGACUGUGGCAACGGUGCCGCUCUGACAGCUGAACACGGAAAUAGCUAGCUAAAAGUAUUGCAGCAUUUUUACAUCACUCUGUCGACUCGUUGCUGGCUGAUCAUCUAUAGCUGCACCUACUUUUAUACCCGUAAUUUAGACGGACUUUGACUAUUUCUGUUGUCUACAGUCACGAGCACGACUAGGCUACAUACUACAUGUUUGUAACAAAAGGUUAGUAUUGUUUAACUCCAUAAAACUGUGUUGGGUAUCAGCAUGGGCUUCACAUUAUCUGUGAUAUGCACAGUGUUGUAUACCUGUCUGGAUUUGUUCAUCACUACAGUCCUAUACGCACAGGGGUCACACUUGAGCAUAUUCAGAAAAGAUGCUACGAACUUUGACAUCCUCCAGUCAGCACUGGACCUCUGGGGGACUGCACUACUGAGAGCCUCCAUCCUACUGGGAGCCUCCAUAGGGGUGUCAUUGAAUAGGAGAGAUGGCCCAUUGAGGGUAGCCCAACUCACCAUCAUCGUUCUCUUCCUCUGUCUGGUUGUUAUCACUUACACUUUGGCCAAGAUGCUGAUGUUAAUCGAGCUGGCUCCUUUGAAGCAUCAGCCAUGGUUUCUGGGCCUGGUUUGUUGGACUUGUGCCUCCUGUAUAGGUGUCAUGCUGCUCUGGAAGCUGCUAGGGAGGAAGUCCAACACAACAAGCCUUCACAUCAACUGCAACAGGGAGGAUGAAGGAGGCUUUGAGGACACAGAAAGGCUGGUGGAGGUGGAUGCUGAGGAAGAGGGGGAUUGUGAAACGAAAAAGAAGGUAAAAAAGGAGGACAAGACGAGCACUGGGGCAACGCUGGGACGUCUGCUGGCAUACUGCAAAAAGGACGGAGGGCUGCUGUCAGUGGCCGUCCUUUUUCUCGUGAUCUCUGCUGUGUGUGAAGCCUUCAUACCCCUCUACUAUGGGAAAGCAAUAGACAGCAUUGUGUCUGACAGGAGCAUGGAGCAUUUUGCCAAGCCUGUGAUCAUGCUGUCAGUACUGGCCUUAACCAGCUCAAUUGCAAUGGGGGUACGUGGAGGAGUCUUCACACUGACUUUUGCAAGAUUAAAUCUUCGGCUAAGGAACAAUCUCUUCAGAACUCUGAUGAGGCAGGAAAUUGCCUUUUUUGAUGAAAACCAUACAGGUGACAUAAUUUCCCGUCUGUCAGCUGACACCACCCAGGUCAGUGACCUCAUCUCACAGAAUGUUAAUAUCUUCAUGCGAAGCACCAUCAAGGGCGUGGGCUUCUUCAUCUUCAUGUUUGGGAUGUCCUGGAAGCUUACACUAGUGACCAUUAUGGGAUUCCCUUUCAUUGCCCUCAUAUCCAACCUUUAUGGCGAUUACUACAAGAAAUUGACCAAAGAGGUGCAAACAACCCUUGCAGAAGCAAAUAAAGUUGCAGAAGAAACCAUUUCGGCCAUGAGGACAGUGCGAAGCUUUGCCAAUGAAUGUGGGGAGGCCGACAACUACUAUGCCAAGCUGCUGGUAAUGUUCCAGCUAAAUAAAAAACAAGCCCUGGCCUAUGCUUGCUACAUGUGGUCCAGCUGUAUCUCAGAGCUCGCCUUAGAGGUAGCUGUUCUCUAUUAUGGUGGUCACCUGGUAGUAACCAAUCAGAUGACUAGCGGUGCCUUGUUAUCUUUUUUCAUAUAUAUGCUUGAACUGGGAGAAUGUCUGGAGAAUAUUGCAUCAGUUUACACUGGACUCAUGCAAGGAGUUGGAGCAGCCGAGAAGGUUUUUGAGUACCUGGACAGAAAACCAAAACACCCAGCUAAUGGCACAGAAGCUCCUGACCUUCAAACUGGUCUAGUUGAAUUUAAAAACAUCACAUUUGCCUACCCAACUCGCCCUGAAACUCCAAUUCUGAAGGAUGUGUCAUUUACUCUUCGGUCUGGAGAAGUGACGGCCCUUGUGGGAACUUCUGGCAGCGGAAAGAGUACUUGUGUAAAUCUGCUGGAAAACUUCUACCCUCCUUUAGAAGGCCAAGUGCUACUAGACGGGAAACCUGUUCAGAUUUUCCAGCAUGACUAUCUCCACUCCAAGGUAGCUCUUGUGGGCCAGGAGCCUGUUCUGUUUGCCCGAACUGUUAAGGAGAACAUCACCUAUGGCCUGACUGACAUCCCUAUGGAGUCUGUAGUGGAGGCUGCUAUUAAAGCCAAUGCUCAUGAUUUCAUCACUUCCUUCCCUAAAGGCUAUGAGACAAUUGUUGGUGAGAAAGGCACCCACUUGUCUGGAGGGCAGAAACAGAGGGUGGCAAUUGCAAGAGCUCUCAUCCGUAAUCCUCGUGUUCUUAUUCUUGACGAGGCUACCAGUGCCCUGGAUGCAGAGAGUGAACACUUAGUUCAGCAGGCUCUGAACAAACUGAUGCAAGAACGCACAGUACUGGUGAUUGCCCAUCGGCUAAGCACAGUGGAAAAGGCAGACAAUAUAAUUGUGAUCGACAAAGGUCAGGUUGCUGAGCAGGGGUCUCACAGUCAGCUGAUGGCAAGUGGGGGACUGUAUAACAAGCUGGUGCAGAGGCAGGUCCUUGGCAUGGAGACAGAUCUUCAAGUACUGGACACUCCAAAAAACCAAGGCUGGAAGUCAGAUGGUGCAGGACAACAAAGAAGACGAGGCAGCAGCAGCACCAGCGAGUCUGAGUGCAGUAUGCGCUAUUGAGGAUAGAUGCUGGACUGUCUAAAACUGAAAUGCACUGUUAACUCAAUACUUCUGAAGGUUGAUCAGAGUUAUUGACUUGAGACUAAAUGUACUGUUUAAGAAAUAUAUGCUGCUAUUUCAAUUAAACUCAU